GGGGGUGGUAAAGUGAGCAGUGUGCGAGUUGUGGAGUUUAUUCUGCGUAGUUACGGCGAGAGUUGAAAACUGGAAUUUCUUGCAAACCUGUGAGCACUUAUUUAACGUGCCACAAAAUAAAGAACACCGUUUAUAAAGGCAUUUGCAGUAAAAUAAAGAAACACAAUAAAUCACAGAGGCUGACAACAACCAGUGUGCAAAAGAAGACAAACUGUGCAAAGAUUAUUAAUAAUAAACAAUUUUGGAUUCCCCUGUCUUGGAGACAAGGCUAUGACAGUCCUCCUGAUUCAUACCGCUCAUGUUUUGAUGAGUUUCUUUGAGGUCACCCAUCAUUCUCUGCACUCCAGGGAGUAAUGAUCCAGUGUCUCCAGCUUGACGAUAUCUUUCCUGUUACACAGUGACCAGAACUGUACACACGACUCCAGGUGCAGCUGCAGCGUGAUAAACACUGCAGAUUCAGAGCUCCGCCGCCGGGUCCUAAUGCCCACUGCACUGAGACAGGUUAAAUAAGGAACUUGAGCAUCCGCGUUUUUUGGUAUCCGCGAGGGGUCCCGGAACCAAUCCCUCACGGAUAAGGAGGGCCAACUGUACAUACAAUGGGCACAUGAAAUCAUGUCAUUUUAUACGGAAGACUUUAUGGAACUACCUUUAUUUCUUGCUCAGAAAGUGAAGGGAGAUAGAAAGGUUGAAGGGAUGAUAAUCCCGAUGCAGAACCAAUCGCAUGACAUAUGGAGCAAGUUACAUUGAAUGUUCGUGAAGAUAUCGUGUUUGUCCAUGUUACAAAACCACCUGCAUCAAAGGACAGCCAAUUCGAAGGUUUCAUUACAUCCUAAAGAAAAUCUCAAGAGCUCAGUGGGCAAGAAUUGCAUUUUUCUUCACAGACAAAACCUGUGCGUUGGUUGCCCUGAGCACCUUCUUUACUAAUUCAUGAGCCAGAGGGAUGCAGUUGCUCAGCUUUCAGAACGGCUUCUCAUAGCUGCACACAAAGGCCAAACUGAGAAUGUUGUGCAGCUCAUCAACAAGGGGGCCAAAAUAGCCGUCACCAAGCAUGGGCGUACUGCUUUGCACUUGGCUGCUUACAAGGGGCACAUUGAUGUUGUACGAAUUCUCCUGAAAGCAAGUUGUGAUCUGGACAUUCAGGAUGAUAGUGAACAAACAGCUCUACAUCGGGCAGCUGUUGUGGGCAACACAGAGGUUAUCUCGGCACUAAUUCUUGAGGGAUGUUCUCUAGACCGGCAGGAUAAGGAUGGUAACACUGCUCUGCACGAAGCCAGCUGGCAUGGAUUCAGUCACUCUGUCAAGCUCUUGGUCAAAGCAGGAGGAAAUGUUCAUGCAAAGAAUCAGGCGGGCAACAUAGCUCUCCACUUGGCUUGUCAGAAUGGCCAUUCCCAGACCUGUCGUGUAUUGUUACUGGGAGGAUCUAGACCUGACAUUAAGAACAGUAUGGGAGACACAUGUUUACAUGUUGCAACACGCUAUAAUCAUGUGGCUAUUAUUAGAAUCCUCCUGAGUGCUUUCUGUUCUGUCAGUGAGAAGAAUCAGGCUGGAGACACACCCCUCCACCUUGCUGCUGCCCUCAACCACAAGAAAAUAGCCAGACUCUUGCUGGAAGCAGGAGCAGAUAGAAGCAUUGUCAACAAUGCUGGUCUAACGGCACUGGAAGCAGCCAGAGAAAGCAACAGUCCUGAAGUAGCCCUCCUCCUCACCAAGGCACCACAGGUCCUCAGUUUCUGUCGUGGGAGAAGCAUGAGGAAGAAGAGGGAGAAACUAAAGGAAGAACGUAGAGCCCAGUCUGUGCCUCGUGAAGAGUUGAUCCAGAGUAAGGGAAGUGUUUCAGUCGAUGACGUCCAUAGCAGUGAGCAAGGACAUCAGAAGGAAAGAAAUGAAGAUGAUUUAAUCAGAAUGACUACACCAGAACAGAAGAGAAAGCGGGACAGAAAGAAAAAGCAGAAGGAAAAGGGUUCUGCUCUUUCUGAUCCUCCUCCAGUGCUAGACCAGCAACCUCAGCGAGAUAACAGACACAACAGGAGAAGGAGAAAUAAACAUUGCUGCUGUUCCCCACCUCCACAGCAAGGCCCUCUCCCACAUAAUUUCCGUGCCUACCAGCUCUACACGUUAUACAGAGACAAAGAAGGCAAAAUCAUGCAGGCCCCCAUCAAUGGCUGCCGUUGUGAACCUUUGAUCAAUAAAUUAGAGAAUCGCCUUGAAGCUACAAAGGAAGAAAUAAAAGCAGAACUGGAGAUUGUGCAAGGAAAGUUAAAUACAAAACUUGGAGAACUGGAAAGAAGGAAUAAACAUGAGAUCAGAGUCUUAGAAAAGUUAACAUCUGAACGGAUUUCAGUCGAGCGGACCGAAUGCCUGCACCGCAUUGACCAGCGUGCGGCACUGGAGCGACUUGAGGGAGACAGACGUCAGGCAUUAAUGUUUGAUGAUGUGAAAUCAUGGUUUUCAUCCAAGCUCCAAUACCUUGAGCACAAGUUGUCAGGAGAACUGAUGUCUAAAUCUACAGCACUUGAUGGUGAGGACCUGCCAGAGACUGGUAACACUGAUACCAUCCAAACCAACAGGGAUCAUAAGGAUUUCCAGACCUAUCCUGUCAUACAUCAGCUUGGAGAACAACAUCAGCAGCCCUGCAUUAGCUUGUCGGAAGAAUCAGGAAGUGCUAAAGUCCAGUCCUCGGAUGAGACAUCAGGCAGACAGCACCUUGUCACUCAAGGUGAUUUUCCAUCAGGAACAACACAACAUGCUAUGACUGUUUACAGUUCUUCCUCAAAUGUGCCUCAGGCAACUUCUCCAGUGGUUAGACCAAAGGAAAGAGCCUCUUCUCUUGCUGCUAAAAUACAUCACGAGUUUCCAUCUUUGGAGCAGCCUGUGGUCAAAUCUGGGCACGUAAAGUUUCAAACUGCUCAUGAAGACUCAGGUUUAACUGACCAAGCAAUAAGUGGCCAGCCUCUUGGACGAUGCAAUCAAAACAAAAGCACUCAAACUAAAAAAUCUCUGAGUGCAAGGCACAAGCAAAACCAGAGCAGCACACACACCUCUGCUUCCCACCGCAUGGGCCAGCCCACCACGCAAAUCAAGGACAGCUCUCCAGUACUUGAAAUCACUCAGUAUUUUUUUGAGGCAGUUUCCACACAGAUGGAAAAAUGGUACGAAAGGAAGAUUGAAGAGGCAAGAUAUCAAGCAGAUCAGAAAGCAAAUCAAGAUAAAGUUGCUUUGCUUGAACAAAUUAAAAGUUUGGAAGAAGAACUACAGAAACUGAGGACAAAAGUGCAGAAGGAGAGCUAGCAGUUGCCAGUAAAAGACAAAUCUUCCUGUUGAAUGAAGAUUCCACUAUCAACAUUCCUCCUCUCUAAUACUAUUAUGUGGACUUUCACCGAGUUUAAGCCUUGCAUUAAAAUAAUGCAUGUUUUCUCUAGAUUUGUUAUAUUGUUGUAUGAAAGAUUAAAUCUGACUUCGAUUUAACAUUUCACUAUCCUGUAAUAUAUUGAAAUAGGUUAGGGCCUCACUGUGUUAAAAUGAUGCACAAAGUCAAGAUAUUGAUGAUAGAUUUAAGACUUUGAAUAGGGCACAUUAGUAAAUAGUUACUGAUGGCAAGUGUAGAAGUUUGUAUAAUUGUAAACCUGUAUUAGCACAUUCCAGCAAUGCAAAUCAUAUUCCUCAGCAUUUCUUAAAUUAUAAUAAUGUAGCACCCUUGGAUAAUCCAGCUUUGGACAACUUGCUCUUUCUUUGAGAACUAGUUAUUUUUUUCUUGCCUUCUUUUAUAUUGUCAAUUUAUCUAACAUUACACAGAAAAAAGCUCCUUAACCUUAUUAUUUCAUGCUAUCAGAGAAAUGUCCAUUAUUAUCUACCACCUUCUUUGCUCCAAGACUAACUUGUUUCUCUUUCUACAGAUGCUUUCUGACUGCAUGAGAUUUCCAGUAUUCUUUUUCUAUUACAAUUGUAUUUCACUUUCUUUACAUGCUUCACUGUAAUAUAAUGUGUGUGUUUUUAAGGCAAUGGGAAGUAUGAUUCCCAAUUUUAGCUAUACGCUAGAGGAGUAGUCCCCAAACUUUUCUGGAUCACCACCUCCAUUGGCUCCCAAAUGACAUACCCAGUGGACCCCCCCCCCCCCUUUUGACCAUUACGUAAAAACUAGAAAGGAAAGAAAGCAGUGAAAAAUAAUUGCAAAACUUACUCAAAUCUAUUUAAAGCUACAAAUACGAUUAUUUAAUUACAGUAAAAACAAUUUUCAUCAACAGUAUUAGAACAAGUAGUUUUUAACUAUUCACUACAAUGCCUUUUCACCUCUCAAUGAGAUGGAUGAGCUUGGUGUAGUGAUACCAGCUUCUCAACAUCAGGCUGAAUGUUACUCAGAAAGAAUCUCAAUCCACACAUCCAGUAAUUUGCAGUCUGUUUUGUUUGAAAAAACAUUGGGCAACUGCAUUCUGUUAAAUAUUAUGUUGGAAAGGCAGUAAAGAACAUCUUGACCUUUUCCCAUAUUGCAGGAUAGCUUUUUGCAAUCAAAAGUUUUGACAUGAUGUUUUGAACCUGGGCUUCAGCUCCAAGCUAUUUUGUAGCAUUAUCAGUUCUUCCUCUAUCCUUCCUGUCAAUUCCUCAUUACAAGUGUAGAGGAAUGGAUUUGUUCCACAAUCUGGAAUUUGGGUCGAGAGAAGAUCCCGAAAUCUCUCUACAGCUCACCCAGGUGGGCACAGUAUAUUUAAAGAUCAUCAUCUGCUAUUCUUUCUUUCUCUUCCAACUCAGAGGCUCAGAAAUUAGAAAAGGAUGUGACAGUCAAUAUUGACCUUAAAUAGGGUUAACUUGGACAAAAAUGUGGAGGCGACUGAUUUGACUUUAAGAUUCACAUAAUUUCCUUGCAAAUGAAGACUGACUUCUUUAAACUUUGCAAAUAAUUCUGACAAAUAGGCAAUGUCAAACCUAAUAUUCUUGAGUUGAUUAUUGACUGAAGUAUUUGAGUCUUCAAAGAAUCUUACCAGUUUCAAUAAACAAGUAAGAGUCUCAGUUUCCUUUUGAGAGCCACCUGAAUUCUGUGCACAACUGCAAGCAUUCAAACUGUUCAUCAUUGUGAAUACAAAUCUUCUGAAGUAGUCAAGAAUUGAGAGUGCAGACUUGAUUUUAUUUACCGCUGUGAACAGUAUAUAAUCUGUACAGUUGAUCACUUAAGUUUUUUGUGACAAGAUGCUGUAUGUGAAUUACAGAAUGAAUGUUAAGUACAGUUUUUUUCAAGAAAGUAAUAACUCCACGGUGGUGCCCUGUCUGUCGCACGAGUUAAAAUGUUGGUGAGUGGAAUAUACUUCUCUUUGAAAAAUUGCUCAACAACUUGAAAUACUGCUUCUCGCCCCCUUGCAAAUAACCUUCCUUGAACCAUAUCUUCCUCUUUUGUGAAGCAAACAUAACCAAGAAGCAAAGGUUUGUUGUCUGGCAAAAUUGACUCAUCUAAUUGCCAAGCAAAUUCUGUUGCACAGUGUGUCUACCACAUUCUUAGACAUUUCAUCUGAGUUGUUGCUGAGCAGAAUCGCUUUAUUUGGUCUGGUGACUUAUGCAAAACUGUACUCAGAACCUCCCUUACUGCAGGCAGAAUCGCUUCUUUUCCAAUUGUAUGCAGCUUUCCAGAUUUAGCAAUAAGCAAUGCAACAGUAUGAAGCAUUCAAACCAUCACUGCUUUGUUGUGAAGUGGUGGCAAACAUGUUUUGAAGUGUUCGCUGUUUCUGAAAGCUGUCAUUGAAGUAACUGAAAACAGGUUCCUGUUUGCUUUAUCAGAUAGUAUUAUCUUCAGAUGUUCAAGGAGCCUGGCUGGUUUCAUUGCCUCAUUUGGAAAAAAAACUUUUUCCAUACAACAGACACAUUGGCUGUUGUUGUUAGCCUGGUGCCUGUAUAAAUCCAUAUUUCAGAUAUUCCAUAUGAUACUGUCUACACUUUUCUCUUUGGUCUGCUUGUGCCAUUUUCAUUAUGGAUUAACAACCAUAGUUAAUAGCCAAUUACUUAGGUCCAACUUCAAGCACUGCGAUAGGGGAAAGAUAGGGCAAACCCUGACUCUGCAGGAAGGUACAUAAAGUGGGGCUUGGUUAGACGGUGGGCUAAAGAAAUGCAGUCAAGACCAUUUGAAAGGCCAGAUUCUGAACUUUACCCCAAUGAAUGCCAUGUCCUAUAGAUUCACAGGAAUUGCCUCAAUGUAUGAUUAGAGUAUGGGUGAUUACAAGAGUGAAUGGCAAUAAUGCGUGGUCAGGCCCAGAAAUAACAUUAUUUCUUCAGUCCAGAUUUCCCAUGAUAGAAACAUAGAAAAUAGGUGCAGGAGUAGGCCAUUCAGCCCUUCGAGCCUGCACUGCCAUUCAGUAUGAUCAUGGCUGAUCAUCCAACUCAGAACCCUAUACCAGCCUUCUCUCCAUACCCCCUGAUCCCUUUAGCAACAAGGGCCAUAUCUAACUCCCUCUUAAAUAUAGCCAAUGAACUGGCCUCAACUGUUUCUUGUGGCAGAGAAUU